GCACUGUGUGAGACGAAAUGGGAACGCAGCCAUAGUUUGAUAGCUUGAUAGCGAAGUCUCUUUCUUUUACUUCACAUAACUACGAAACCUCGAAAUUUUUCUUGUAAUGUUGAUUCUCGCGGCUGCAAUAUGAUUUUAAUCGCAAAACCCCAACUCAGAGUUCUAGAUAAAAAUAAAUUACAUGUAUCGCGAAGGCCAGGAUGUACCGCAUGGCUACUGCUCAGCCUGUCGGCGGUAAUUUUUGUCGGAAUAUUAAGCCAUCUGACAAACAAUGCCUAUCUCUUGAUUAUCUUACUUCUGAGUGAGAUUAUGUUCUGGCUAGACAAUUUUGGAGAAUGGGAAGACUUGAUAUUGUAUAAGCCGGAGAACAAAGCUGUCGUGGAAAAAUUUGUUUGGAGCGAUAAAUUAUGUUCAAAAAAUUCUGGUGAAUCUUCUUUGAUGAAACUCACUGACAUCCGACAUGUUGGAGUCUCCACCGAGAUGGGUCUCUUCAUCCUACACAGAAACGGAAAUACAAUUACUCUCAGUAUGAAGGGCUUAACGAGGAAGGAAAUACAAGAUUUGAGAAAAGAAAUCAACCAUUUUUUAAAUAUGAGUCGGCUCAAGUACCUUGAUCACUCUUUGAUCGAUCCUUCAGACCGAUUAUUACUCGCUUCCGAUUCUGAGGAGAAAUUCUUGCAAAAUUUGCCAAGAACGUGUCUACCCAUGUCGAAUGAAUUAACUGUCUCUGAUAAUGUUUUGGGCAAUAGCAAAACAUGUUACAGGACACAACAGAAUUUGAGCUAUCCAAAUUUAAUGCAUGGGGCACAAUUUAAUAGCUAUCAAUCAGCAAACUUGAGAAAAGGUCCUUUUACCGAAAAUUCCACACGUUUUGAUAAUAUUAAAUGUAGUAGGAAUAUUUGUGCCGUGCCUACAACUUGCAUUUUUUAAAAUUUGACAAGAAUUGUGAUUAAUGGAACAUUGAACGUUGUGAUGUCUUUGAUGUUGCACCUGUAAUUAUCUGUUGAAAAUAAAAUUGUAUGGAUUUG